AUUUGAAAAAUAAAUAUUUUUUUCGUUAGUGAAUCUUUAAGAACAUUUUUUUUAUUUUAAACCCAACACUAAACUAAUAUAAAAUACUUAAAAUCAAACAUCCUGCACAAAUAUAAGUAUAGUUUAAAGAUGGCCGCUUUGGGGACAGUGUUACGAAAGGCCACAACAUUAGGCUUACUAAAAAGAUCAGUGGUUCGUCAUGGACCUGCCUGUUCACUUCCUCGGUAAUAAAUUUAAACUAUGUAUUAAUAAAUCAUAUUGCUAAGAUUUGCUCGUGAUGCACUUGUCCACAGAUCGACGAUUUUGGUUUGUCCUUGGCGUAUUUUGAUAGUUGGAAUUGAAUUGUCGGCUUUAUGUUGAUUUCCUUUAACUUAAAUUAUUGAAUGUUUGUUUCGUUAAUAUUGUUAGUCUUACCGCUUGUGUUACCGUUAUAACUGCUGUAAUUCAUGUUCCAUUUUUGUAUGUUAUUCAAUAUGUUAUUUCUGCUGCAAUUUAGAUUAGUCAAUUGCUCCUAUUCUAAACAAUUUUUAAAUAUUGUUGGUAAAUUAAAAUUUUGAGUUAGGGGUAUGAGUUUUGCCAAGAGUUUUCUCACCCUAAGGGCAGUGACGUCACUUAGGGAAAUCCCAACACUGGACUUAACGUGAAUAGACCUAUUCUUUGAAUUUGAAGGACACGAACGAUGUGUGUUAUAACAUUCCUGUUCUUUAUUGACCAUUACGGUGUCAUAAAUGAUACAGUUAAUAUGAGUAUCUUGAAAUGAAAUUUGUAAUUAAUUUGUAAUAAAAUUCAACUUACACGUUUCAAAAGAAAGCAAAAAAGAAACACAUCCUUGCUAUACCUCAAGACCCAACACCGGUGGGAAAAAAAAGACGCCUGCCAAAAUUGCUAUAUUUUGAUUUGUUGAAAUAAAAAUACCCAUAUGUUGAAACUUUGGUAACAAACCGGAGACUACUGCUUAAAUUGCAUUUGGAAUGAUCUUCUAGGGACUGGGGAGGGGAGACCCCUCCCCUCGCUUAAAUACCAAAAUAAGAAACAUAGAAAUUCUCUGGGGAAUACCCCUCCCAAAUAUAACACACAAAAAAUACAAUAAGAAAACAAUAACUUGCAUUAUGUAACUACAAACAUCGAAAUCUAUUUAGUAUGGUACUGUAGAGGGCGCUGUAGACGGAAAUGGACCUUGGGGAACCUCUGUGACCUUAUAUACCCUGGAACACAUCGUCGGCCUUACCGCUAACUCAAAAUCAGCCAAAUUGUUUGGUAAAUGUUGAUACUUCGCACGCCACUCAUUUCACAAGGCCGGCAUAUUGGUUGCCAUGAUGGUAAAAGUUUAAUGGCGACCAAGAUGGCGACAAUUUUAAAAAAAAGGAGUGCAAAUACUUCCGCUUAAAUUGAGAGGGGAAAGAGAGAAAUCUUUUUUAGCAACUUGCAGAUUGUCACAGAUGAGAUGGUAUUAUGAGGUAAUGGCCGUACUUAUGGUCAUGUACCACGUGGUUUUGGUGGUGUUAUGAAUAGUACUGGGCCGUUCCUCUCUGUGAUGGUUCACUAAUCCAGGCGUUGAGAAGUACGACCAAGAGAACACAGAACACGAAUGAAUGAAUAAACAACUCCUCAUUAACAGUUAUAAGUAAAAGAUGUAUUGAUCACUAUAAUAAGAUUGUAAUGUCUCCUUUCUAACUGUUAACACUUCGCUAUCUAUCCCUAAUUCUAUCUCUGACUACGGCUAGUAAUACUACGUCUGUUACAACAGAACGACCGUCCACGAAUCUCUCCCUCUCCUUAUGCCACGAAGAGUUCUAUGUUAUAUACCAUUCUCUACCUCCCUAGGUGGUCCAGGAAUGCUGGCAAUUAACCCAUCUAUACCCCCCUCAUUUCCGGUCAAUUAGGAACUUCCGUCGUCAACCCCAAAGUUGUCACACGAAGUCUGGGAAAUCCGAGACAUAAUGUUAUGGAAAGAAGCAUCCCCUUAAUCUAAAAGAUACGAGAAUGUAUUAGCCUUACCCCCAUGCGCCCAACAGUUCCCUCCCUAAGAUCACAGCAAUUUCCGUUCAUCCCAUAAGUUAUCUGAAGAACAAUGGAGCUCUGUUGUUAACCCCCGACCCAGUCAUUUGUGACAUAUGUCCCCCCUUCAAGAAAUUUUUCAAAAACUGACAAAUUUCAUAACUACCCAAACAAAUGACUUUCCAUAACUCAUACUACGCCUCCCCUUCCUACUGCGCCGCCUUGUCUCGUGUUGCCUACUCUAAACGUCGUCAUAGGUAACAUCAGUCAUAACCAUGCAUGGUAAUCAAUAAUAAAACAAAAUAAUGUGAACAUAAAAUAACAUACAAAAUGCAAUAUUUAAGACUAAAGUGUCUUCGUAAACAUCUGCUCCGUCUUAGAUUAGUAAGUCCGUGUCUCCUUCCCACACACACAAUGUCGAGGAACAAUUAAAAUAUAGUCUUAAGUCGAAUCUCGCCAUGACGUAAAUCUCAGAAAACACAAGACUCUAACAGCAAAGUCUACUUAGAAAGUCUGCCUCCACAUUAUUCACCCCAGCAAUGGACUGCAGACAAAAACUGUAGCUCUGUAGAAACAUGGCCCAUCUCAUGAUCCUAGCGCUCACGAAUCGGGCCGUGCUAAGGUACUGAAGUGGCUGAUGGUCGGUUUGUAGGAUGAACUGCUUUCCGUAAAGAUAUAGUUCAAACUUCUUUAUGGCCCAGACUAUCGCCAGACACUCUUUCUCGAUUGUAGAAUACCUGGUCUCUCUUCCCAAGAGCUUCUUGCUAGCGAAGGCAACGGGAUGAAGUAACCCGUCAUCAUCUUCCUGAAGAAGGGCAGCUCCAAGUCCCACAUCAGAUGCAUCGGCCCUCAAAACAAAAAGUUUAUCCAUGUUGGGGAUGCGUAGGAUUGGACGUGUGGUGAUCGCUUCUUUCAGGGCGUCAUAUGCUUUUUCCUGGUCGUCUCCCCAUUUUACUUUGUCUGGUUGACCCUUUUUAGUCAGAGCCGUUAAUGGGGAGGCGAGGGUCGCAUAGUUUGGUACGAAGUCCCUGUAGUACCCCGUGAGACCAAGGAAGGAACGGACCUCCUUUUUCGUAGUUGGUCUCGGAGCCUGCCUGACUUUGUUAACGUUUUCUUCCUGUAGCCCCAGUGUUCCCAGUGAUAAUUUGUGUCCCACGAAGUCCACCUCGACGGCCCCAAAUACGCAUUUGGUGGGCCUCGCAGUCAGAUUGGACACUUUCAAGCGAUUAAAUAAUUCCUUCAGUGUCUCUAAAUGUUCUUCCCAAGUACGGGUGUAGAUUAGCAAAUCGUCCACGUAGCUAAUCACGUUUUUCAUUCCAUCUAGCAGUCGUCGGGUUGCCCGAAUCAGCGUCGCUCCAGAAUUCAUCAUUCCAAACGGCAUUCUCAAAAACUCAUAAUGACCAUCUGGAGUCACGAAUGCCGUUUUAUGGAUGUCCUUAGGUUCAACGGGAAUCUGCCAAUAUCCUUUGCUAAGGUCAAUUUUGCUGAAAUAUUUAGCUUUCGAAGUGUUAUGGAAUAUUUCAUUCGGUGAAGUCACUGGCACUGGAUCAAAAACAGUUAUCUUGUUUAAGCCCCGAUAGUCAACACAGACUCGGUUUGAGCCAUCCUUUUUCUUCACCACAACCACGGGAGAGGCAUAAGGUGAUGCGCUCUUGCGGAUAACACCUAGAUUCUCCAUUUCAAACAGCUCCGCCUGGAGGGUAUCACGAACAGCAUAAGGAAUUGGGUAUGGCCUGGAUCGGACGGGGGCAUCCGAUGUCAGUUUGAUAGAGUGUACACUCAAAUUAGUGGCCCCUGGUCUGUCAGUAAAGAUCAUCUGAUGUUCCUUUAUUAAUUCAGUGAUUUGUUGACGCUGUUCGGCGGUUAACUGCUCGCCAUACCGUACAUCUUGGUGUGACUCUUUCUGUGACCACACCCCAAGUUCAGGCAUAACCUCGGUGCGUCCACUUUCGUCAUCCUCUUCAUAGUCCUCUAUCACUCCGACGCUAGCUACUAGCAAUGUCUCUGAUUUUUCUUCACUUUGAACACAAUCAAUAUUCUCAAUAAUUGCCUCUUUUCUUUGAUUUGUGCCACGAGACACGUAUUCCUUCAGUAGGUUUGCAUGAAACGUCCUCUUUUUUCCCUUCAUUUCGACACAAUAGUCACAGGGCCCUACGACUCCGGUUAUCAGAUAUGGUCCCUUCCACUGCAUCAACAAUUUGUUUACCUUGGUUGGAAGCAACACCAGAACCUUGUCACCUACCACGAAUUUUCUAACUCUCGUCCCUCUAUCAUAGUAAUGUUUGUAUCUUCCUUGGGCUUUGCUUAGCUCCUCUUGAGCCAACGUCAGUGUGUCAUCUAUCUUUUUUCUUAGAUCAACUACGUACUGGUAACUAUUUCUCACCUCUUCAUCUCGAAUAUCUUGGGUCCACAACUGUCGUAAGACAUGCAUAGGGCCUCUGAUGCUACGCCCGUAAAGCAGCUCAAAAGGAGAAAAUCCAGUUGACUCUUGUGGCACCUCCCUAUAUGCAAAUAACGCUGCGUUUAUAAAGCGAUGCCACUGCCUGGGCUGUUUGUUACACAAGCGUUUCAACAUGGUUUUUAAUGUCCCAUUGAAUCUCUCGACUAAUCCAUUACCCAUGGGGUGGUAGGGUGUAGUGGUAAGUGGUCUGAUACCCAGCAUCCUGCUCACCUCUUUCAUACACUCCGAUGUGAACUGUGAGCCUUGGUCACUUAAGACUUCUUCAGGGAUUCCCAAACGACUAUACAUGUCCACUAGUGCCUCUGCGACGGUCUCUGUGUCGAUCCUUUUUAACGGUACCGCCUCCGGAUACCUGGUAGCAUAGUCAACAAGUGUCAAAAUGUAACGGUGACCGGCUUCACUUGCCGGAACAAUAGGCCCUAUCAAGUCGAUGGCCACUCGUUUGAAAGGGACGUCAACCACGGGGACUUUUUGCAUUGGAACUCUUGGUACUGAUCCUUUCUUUGUAGUUUUCUGGCAAAUAUCACAUGACUUGCAGUACUCCUUUACGUCACUGCUCAUUCCUUGCCAAAAGAAAUUGCUCAGGAUCCUCUCCUUUGUCUUGCCAACUCCAAGAUGACCACCAGUUAUACUGUCGUGUGCAACUGACAUGACUCGCAGCCUGAGAGACUCUGGUAAUACAACUUGUCUGAUUGUGCCUCCCCGUUUCUUGUCUUUGAAAACUCUAUAAACUAUGCCAUCUUUAACAUCAAAGACCGAAUUGUUCCUUUGUUCUGAAUCAUCCUCUAGAGGCAGCGAGCGAAUGACAGGGUCGUCUUGUUGCAGCUGUAUGAGCGUAUCACGACUCACCUCCGGGUGCGUUUCCACAACAGGAACUUUUAAAGGCGAUACAUCCUUGACCCUUUUAUCUUGCGCCCUGGUUGUCACCAUGGCCACUGUCAUUGUCUUAUCUGGGUCAUCAGCACCCCUCGCGCCAUCCACGUUCCCCACUAUAAGGUCCACUAUGGAUUUCGAAACACAGAACACCUCUACUUUGCCACUAAGGUACGGCGUUGCUAUGUCGAUGACUGCCUUUUCUGCUUUUACAAUGUCUGUGUUCAUUAAUUCAAUGAAUCCUACUCCACCUGUUAGCUGGUCAUCCCUUACAUACUUCCGCUUAACAAUUAUUGCUUCACACCCAGUGUCUCUCAGCACCUCAACUUUAGUAGACCCGACCAAGCCUUCUAGAAUCGGCAAGUUCCUCUUCUUUGUCGUUUCAUUGUCUUGCUCACCGAUCUCCCCACCACAUUUGACAUCUAUCUCACCGAUCUCCACACCACAUUUGACAUCUAUCUUUGUGUCAGUCUUUUUAUCUCCUUUGGACAAUCUUUGACUUUUAUUUUGUCGCCUGUUGCCUGCAAGGUGCAGCCCAGGACUAAAUAGUGCUGAUGCAGCCAUUUUGGACUCAGUUUUUCUCGAUUCACUUACAUUAGGGCAGUUCCUCGCAAUAUGUCCACUCUUAUGACAGACAAAACACUUGAAGUCAGGUUUCGUCUGUCCCCUAAUGCCACUAUAUGCCCUCAUUGGACCAGACCAUGUCUUCUGCUCUUCAUCUCCUCUAUUGCUCGUAGCGUUUCUCCUAACCUCCAACUGCGACAAGUGAGGCUUAUCAUUGAAGCCCCUCCUCCUUGCCUCGAGAAAUAGCUCUGCUACUCUCGCUACUUCAUCAAGACUAUCAAUUCUUCUCUCUUUUAAGUGAGUAGCCAAAUCAACGGGACACACACUCAUGAAUUGCUCCUUGAUGAACAUGUCCAUAAUACAUUCAAAUGUAUUCUCUGUCUUCGACAGACUAAUCCACUUCUUGAGGUAAUUCCUCAACCUUCCGAUAAAUACGGCCGGACACUCGUCUGCCUGUGGCCUACUCUCUCUGAACAUGAUUCUGUAUCCAUCCUCUGUAAGGUUGUAUCUCUUUAGCAGCACCUCUUUCACCUUUUCAUAAUCUAGUGCAUCUUCAUAGGGCAUUCUCGAAUACUCCUCUAAAGCACGCCCAGACAGAAGCGCGCUAAGUGACAGCGCCCAGUCGCUUACUGGCCAUUUGCUAGUCUUGGCGAAUAGCUCAAAUCUGGUGAGCCAUCCAUCUAAUGGAUCCACUCCAUCUACGAAAGGUGGAAGCUUGGGCUGCUUAGGUCGACUAUCAGAACCGUUGGGACUCCAACCACUGGCUUGUUCCAACCUCUUGGCUUCUAACAUCGCCUCUCUAUCAGCCGCCCUCUCUGCCGCCUCUCUAUCAGCUGCCCUCUCUGCAGCCUCUCUCUCAGCUGCCCUCUCUGCCGCUGCUCUCUCGGCGGCCCUCUCUGCCGCCUCUCUUUCAGCUGCUUUCUCCGCGGCUUCUCUUUCUCUAACAGUAUUCACCUCUCUCUCGAUGUAUUCUUUCCUCUCAUCUCCUCUAAGCUGUAGAGCAUCUACUAAAGCCAAUAUCUCACUCAAACUUGUAACUGGCAUCUUCGUCGUCCUCUCGUUGUGUCUGGACCCCGGAAACGAGCCCCCAGAAUGUCACAGAUGGGAUGGUAUUAUGAGGUAAUCGCCGUACUUAUGGUCAUGUACCACGUGGUUUUGGUGGUGUUAUGAAUAGUACUGGGCCGUUCCUCUCUGUGAUGGUUCACUAAUCCAGGCGUUGAGAAGUACGACCAAGAGAACACAGAACACGAAUGAAUGAAUAACCAACUCCUCAUUAACAGUUAUAAGUAAAAGAUCCCCCUCAUUUCCGGUCAAUUAGGAACUUCCGUCGUCAACCCCAAAGUUGUCACACGAAGUCUGGGAAAUCCGAGACAUAAUGUUAUGGAGAGAAGCAUCCCCUUAAUCUAAAAGAUACGAGAAUGUAUUAGCCUUACCCCCAUGCGCCCAACAGUUCCCUCCCUAAGAUCACAGCAAUUUCCGUUCAUCCCAUAAGUUAUCUGAAGAACAAUGGAGCUCUGUUGUUAACCCCCGACCCAGUCAUUUGUGACACAGAUAAUAGGAAAAUAUUUUAAUUAACCACCCACUGAAAUUAUAAUUUAAAACAUUCCAUCGAAGUAUUAAUAGUUUUAAAAAAAGAAAUGUUAACUCUAGUAACAAUCCAAGAAUAAACAAAGGCAAAGAAUCCCGCACUCAGAAACUCGAAUUAUGUGCCAAAGCAACAUUAGUAAUUAAUCAAUCGUCUCUUAGUAGUUAGUUAGAUUUUAAAAAAUAAUUAAUUAUACAAAUAUUACUACAUGCAUUACAAUUAUAGUUGUAGAGAGCAAACUUCAAAUUUAAAAAAAUGAACAACAAUGAACUUUCAAGCUUUAGUACCUUUUGAACUAUGAAUUUCGAAUUCGUUUGGUAAUUUUGACUAUCGACUGCACCUCCACAUCUUGUGACCCAAUUUGCGCUUAUUGCAAUAUUGCAUCACUGGCUAUAUCUCUAAAUUUAAUAAAUGUUAUAUGCAUGUUCUGUUCACUAAGGCGUCCUUUAUAUUAUAUUUAUUGACUAAAGAAUACUGGUUUGAAACUACAUAUUUUGACAUGUCAACUUUUGCACAUAGCUAAUUAAUUAAAGUUCUCCUUGACCAAUGAUUAAAUAGUGUUUGCACAUGGCAGUCUCUUAUAAAUGAAACUAUGAGAAUAAUACUAUAGUAGAGUACAUGCAAGUGACUGAAAGGUUGCCCAUGACUCAUGACAACAUUUUGCACACUUCAAGUUAUGAUAAUGUAUAGUUUUGACUCUACCUGGUUUUAAACCUCAAAUUAAAAUAUUUUUGUUUAACUGUCUUCUAAUUUCACUCUAGAACACAAGUUACCAAAUAUUUUGAUGCGAAUAGUGGUAACUGAAUAUUCCAUAAAUAUUGGUAUCUUCCGCCAUUAAAAAAGGGUUCGUGGUCAAAAUUGGCUGAGCGACGUAAUAAUAAUGAAGGUUACUGGAACGAACAUAACUAAUGGCUGACAUGUCAAUGAGGAUUGGCACACAUAAACAUCAAUAUAUAAUGCUGAGGGAGUUUUAAUAUGAAAGACAUAGAUUUUGAACUUCUUUAAAAUAGGUUUUAAACAAAGAUGCCUUAUAUAAACCUAGGAAUUUCCAGUAUUGGGGUGAUUGAAAAGGAAAAAAUUACAAUGGAAAUGUAGGCCAAGAUGUCCACUACUCUAAACUUGUAGAUGAAUAACACAAUUUUAUGACAAAAUAGUCCUUUCAUCAAUGAAAAAGCACUAACAUCCAAAAAUUAAAAACUCAGAUUCUUCUGUGACGAUUUUAAUUUUGAAGAGUGUCCCUUACUUUACAGAAAAAGGCCUAUUUGUAUUAGUAGGGACAUCGGUAUUGCCCCACAACACCAGAAAAUCGAGUAUCAUAAUUUCGUUGUCAAAAUGGGGACCUCCACUUUUAAAUUUACUAUGGGUAUCAUUUCGCCUUUAGCAGUCAAUCAUUUGCAUUAUUUAGAUAUUCUACAUCCACCCAUUUCUUUUAGCUAACAUCUUGGUUGUUCAACUGAUAAUUUAUUUGAAUGUUCUUUUUUGGGAUUAAGCUGUGAAAAUUGAAGUUAAAAAUAGGUAAACUUUACUGAUAAAUAAAUUUAUUUAAACCGUUUGAUUAUUUUCUAACGUUGCAAAAUUUAUUAUAAAUUAUGUCGUUUAAAAGAUAUCCAAAAUUCAUGAGUAUAGACCAUAGGUAAAAGGGUCAAAGGUGAAAAACAAAGAGUUCACUAUUUUAGGCUAUGUAAUUUGUCACAAUAACUCAUUUAAUUGAAUCUUGAAUGGAAAAUAUAGCUUUAAAAAAAAACAUUUUAAAUAAAUAAAAAAAUGUUUUAUAACAAAUAAUUAUUGGCUUAUGAAAUAUCAGUGUUUUUAAUUUUGGAGUUGGUUGCCAUGAACAUGGUAUGGAUAAACACUUGUCUUUGACUUACUAACUUAGAUAGGCCUAUUAGGAGUCUUUUAAUACUAUUAUAUAAAUAGUAAUGUAAGUAAUCUAUAUAGAAAUAUUAAGCUAUUUAUUGUUUUUAUGUAAAUUUAAAAAGAAAAUUAAUUUUGAUAUUGAAAUAUUUAUUAAAUAUAAGAUGAAAUGCACCUCAAUUAAAUAUUUCACCACAAAAUAUUAAGCAAUUAUACUUCUACUAAUAAUUUCUAACAAGUCAUUAAUUUCCACAUGUGUCCUCAAAAACAAAAUUAAUAAUACUAACACAACACAUUUGGCCCAAAAAAUUCCACAAUACAUUUUAAAAUGUUCCAUGGCUGAAUAAAAUUAUAAUUAACAGAUACAACUUUCAAAUGAAUAUCAGCAGCUUAAGACUUGUCUAAAAUUUAGAUCCUGUCAUCAUAGCCUACUUAAUGUUAAUAGCCCCAAUGACUCCAAACAGUAUCAAAACUUUGCUUCAGCUCAAGGAACCAAAAAUAAGGAUAAAAUUAUGCAUCUUUAAAUUUAAAAAUUUUGUGAGCAUACUCCUUGAUUAUAUUGGUGUGAGAAUCACUGAUAAUGGUUGUUUCCUGUCAUCAUAGCCUACUUAAUGUUAAUAGCCCCAAUGACUCCAAACAGUAUCAAAACUUUGCUUCAGCUCAAGGAACCAAAAAUAAGGAUAAAAUUAUGCAUCUUUAACUUUAAAAAUUUUGUGAGCAGGGCAUACUCCUUGAUUAUAUUGGUGUGAGAAUCACUGAUAAUGGUUUUUUUUUCUACUUUAUUAAUUUAAAAAAUUGCAGCACCUGCUUUUUUUAAUUAAUAAGUUGCAAACUCAUACGAAAUUUGAGCAUUGUAUCUUUAACAUUUAAGAAGCUAUGAUUAAUUUUUCAUUCUAAAAAUGUGCUGUUUAUUGAAUUUAUAUAGUUCAAAAUAGUAUCUUAUGUUUAAAAUAAUUAUUUAAAGAGGAAAAGGCUAUUCUGAAGUAUAUUUUAUACUUUCAUUUAUUAAUAUAUAAUAGCCAUAACAAAUCCUGUAAACAUGACAAUUUAUAGCAAGAAAUAUGGGGGGCAAAAUGGGUAGGAAAACUCAAUGGUAACCCUCUCAAUCCCAAGAACUAAAACUAAGACAAUCGGUGAACGCUCCUUCUGCUUCCAUGGGCCCACGUUCUGGAACCAGCUCCCCUUCCAUAUACGUCAUAGUGAAACCUCGUCCAUUUUCAAAAAGUCCCUUAAAACUCAUCUGUUUGGGUCCGCCUAUGACCUGUGAUGCACCCUCCUUGCCCUACCUCAUUUUCUGUUUCGGGUUGAUCCUGAAGUGUCAAAGUGUCCUCGUUUUAUAGCCAUUUUCAUUGUUUCUAUAGAAUAGUAGUUACUAUCCUAGUGUCUCAUUUGUAUUUACUUAGUUUACAUGUUUUAAUAAUUGUAAAGCGCUUAGAGCUUUAUGAUAAGGGCUAUAUAAAAAUGCCUAAAUAAAUAAAUAAAUAAAUAAAUUGAGGUUUGCACUAGUAAAUUCAUAACUACUGAACCACUUGAGCUAGAAAGUUGAUCUUGAUGCUUUUGGGUUGUUUUUUUUCAACUGUAUGCCAUUUAUUUUUUUAGAAAUAUUUUGAAAAUUUCAUUAAAGUACCUAGUAUUAAAUUAGUAUUAUUAGUUCUAUGUUCUUAGCCAAAUAAAUGGCAGCCACAAUUAAUAGUUUCACUAUAUAUAGAUGAACCAUAUUUGCUGUGUUCCACUAUAAAUUGUAUACAUUGGAGCUGAAAGGCAGACAACAAAGCAAGUAGCAAGGUUUUACCAAAACACUCAGCUACUCUGACUCGGGUCUAUGUGACUACACAUACAUUAUUAAUCAUUUAUUCAUUUUUUAAGUAUUUUUAAUAUUGUCUUAUUGCAAAAAAGAUACCUCAUUUUAAAGGGCUAGCUACAAGCUUUCCAAAAAAACACCAGGUUCAACUAUCUAUCUCUUAUAAUAGUGGAGUUAUGUUUUUUUGUUGAAUCUUUUAAAGCCCUUUAUAUCAACUAUAUAUUUUAAUUAAAAAACUUUUGACCCACUUUUCAAAUUUCUGCACCAUUUUCCCACAACUUUUUAUAAUUUUAAAGAUGAUUGUACCAAAUUGUCAGAAAUUAAUCACCAUCUAAUGUACAACACAGUAACCUGAAGUUUUAUUUAACAUUAAGAUUUUAGAAGAGGGAAAAUUAAAAGAUUUCUGAAAAGAAGAAUGGGAUGUUUGUUUUUUCAAAUAUAUAUAUUUUUGUUAAAUUAAAAUGAUUAAUAAAUGUAGGUUCUUUGGAUUUUAAAAGUUUUCAAAGUGGUUAUAUGCAUUAAAUUUUAAAUCAAAACUAAUACUAGUAUUUAUGUGAAUGAAGUGUGAUAAAAUCCUGCAAACAAAAGUUGGAAAAUAAUUUUACAAAUUAUUAAAAAUGAUCGCAAACAAACAAAUUGUGUUAAAUGUAAAUCAUUGAAUAAAACAAGCAUUAAAAUCAUGCUAAUAUUGGUUAGUAGCAGUAAAUUAAUUUUAUAAAUUAAUGCAUGAAAUUAUCAAUUCAAAUUGGGAAAAAUCUAGCUUAAAAUUAAACAAAAAAGUCCACUGUAAGAGUGUCUGUGAUUAUAAUUAUACGGCUAAUUGGGAAUUUUUGUACCUCCACUGCCCUAUGCCGUUGAUUGGCAUUGUCCUGUUGAGGGGGCUUGUGUAAAAUAUUAUAUUACAUGGAAUUUUUUUUGGAUUAUUGUUCUUUUACCCAUUCUUUAAGAACAUGCGUGGAAUGUGAGUAUAAUAAAAAUAACUUGUGUAAUAAUCUGAUAAUGUGAUGACUUUACUUCAUACAAAGAUAGUUAAUAUUUCCAUACCACAAAGGUAAGCAAGUACAUCUAGUGCUCGACUUACGACCUAUGCAACUUAAGACCAUUUGGCUUUAUGACUACAAUCUCUAGCCAUGCUGUAUUAGAUUUCAGAUUUAUUUCUGCCUCAAUUAUCAGUCUGCAAUCAUCGGCGGUCAUGAACAUUGAAAAUUAUGAUUUAUAACAAUAAUAAAAGAAAUUAAUGAUUUAAUUUAGUUUAAAUAUUUUUAAAACAUCACUUCGCAUUACUGUACACAUAGCGUACUCAACUUACAACCAAAUCGUGUUAUGACUAGUCUGUCGGAACCGAUCGUGGUCGUAAGUCGAGCACUAGCUGCAUGAUUUUUCUUUUUAGAUGGCCCCUAAUUAAGAACGUCAAUAUUAUGCAUAUAAUUAAUUUAAUUCGCUAUUUUUUUAUUUGUAAAAUGUAAAAAUUAUUACAUUAGCAAAAACUAAAAUCAUGUUUUACCCAUGGAAAUAAAAGUAUUAAAAGCUGGUUUUUAAAAAUGUAGGUCUAUUUAAGACCUGCACAGUGAUUUUAACAUAAUAAAAAUAAAUAGCUACCCUAUAUAAAUUUAUGUUAUAUUCAUGUCUAAAAUUUAGUAAAAUAAUGCAUCUUUAUUAUUAACUACUUAGAUUUGUUCAUAUGUUUAUGGUUCCAACUAUAAUAAAUAACUUCAUAACUAUUGAUUUGAUCUUAAUAAGAAUUAGAGCCAUUUCUGGCAUCUCGUAAUCAACGUUUGUUUUCUUAUGGAACCCCCAACCACUUAAGGAGUGCAUAUUUUUUUUUAAAAAUUUUGUGAUUGGUCAAAUAAUGAAUUAAAUAUGUAAAAUUAGGGAAAUUGAUGUAGCAUCACUGCAACUUAACCCCAUUCUUCUGCAGUUACUAACCAAAAACAAAUAUUAAGAAUGUGAUCAAAACUACCAAAUGUAUACUAUAUAGCUAUGUGUGGUGAAAAAAAUAGUAUACAUUUCAGUAGUAUCAUUGUAACAUAAAUGUUGCAACGUCAUUGAGAAAUCUAUCAAUAAUUUUGUAAGAUUGUCCGUGAUGUAGAACGCAUUAAAACAAAAUAGAAACCGUGCCACAAGUUAAUCAUCAUUUUUUUUUUUACCGUGCUGAAGGAUGCACGAACGAGUAUUGAAAUACCUCCUUCUAUCCAACACUUUAUGGGCGAUAUUGUUAUUGACAAAUGAAACACCUGCACCACCUUUUCAAAAAACUAUGGCAGGUUAGGUAAAAAAUUCCAUUUUUUUAUAUAGUCUAACAAAAUUUUCGACAUGUCAUUUCUAUAAUUUCAAUCUUGUGUGUGCCUUAAAAAGCUAUCAAAUACCUUUUGUUUGUUUGUUUUUAUAGUUAUGCCUCCCAAGUCUGGAUGCCAGAUGAGGAUUACAUGAAACCUUAUAAAAAGCCUAUUUUUUACCCAGAAGAUACAGACUGGAAACUGCCCCCAUACAAUCGUAAGCAUUUUUCAAUUUGAGAAGUUUCGUCUUUAAUUUAAUUUUAGGAUAGGAAAUCAAAAAGGAAUUAUUUUUGUAUCAACCCAUUCACACACGUGACCAUAUUUUUAAGUGCAAUAUUUAUUUUCUAAAUAUUUAAUAAAUGUGUUUUGGUUGAAAUCAGAGGGUUAAUAGUAAUUCAUUAAACCCCAUACUCAUUAAAUGUCCUAUAGUUCGAGAACCUGAGGUUGAGAGGAACUUGCAGAAUAUUGUGAUGAAUUUUGGCCCUCAGCAUCCAGCUGCUCAUGGUGUGCUUCGUUUAGUUCUUACUUUGGAAGGUGAGACCGUCCUAAGGGCUGACCCUCAUAUUGGACUCUUACACAGGGGAACAGAAAAACUCAUUGAGUACAAAACUUAUGUUCAGGUACAAUUUUUAAAAUGCUUCUGUUUUAUAGGCCUAUAGUUUCUUUUUAAAAUCACAUUUUUUUUUUUAAGAUUGUCAGUUUUUUAUAUUUAUUGAUCUUAUACCAUUAUGAACUUAAACAGCAAGUAAUUUUUACUUAUGAAUAAUGAUUUAGGAUAAUGUGUUGUCUUGUUCAACAUUAGGAUAUAUAUCACGCCUUGAGACUUGAUAUCCAUAAAUGCCUAGGUAAAGCUAAAUUUUAUUGCACUAAUGAAUUUGUCCUGCUCCUUUUAUAAUCCUGAAACAGGCCCUGCCCUAUUUUGACCGACUUGAUUAUGUAUCCAUGAUGUGCAGUGAGCAGGCCUAUUGUCUGGCCAUUGAAAAGCUACUUAACAUUGAGGUUCCACCAAGAGCCAAAAUGAUUAGAAGUAGGUGAACAAUAAGUUUACAAAACAGAUUAAAGAGAAAUGUGACUUUUUUUUUUUCAUAUACACUAUUUGAGCUACGGUACUAUAUCAAAAGCUGAAAUCGUCCUAAAAUAAAGCCAUUUGUAGUGUAUGAAAUGAAAUUACAAUUUAAAAUAAUAAUUUAAAAAUAAUUAUUUUAUAGAUAUUCCACUUGUGAGUUUUCUUUUGUUUUGCAUGACUUUAAUGAAAAUCCACAUAAAUUUGAUGUUUUUAGCUCUGUUUGGUGAAAUUACUCGCAUCCUCAAUCACAUCAUGGCUAUCGGAAGCCAUGCACUUGAUGUAGGUGCCAUGACUCCACUCUUCUGGCUCUUUGAGGAGAGAGAAAAGGUGCUUUGAUUUUGAUUCCCUUUACUUCCCUUACUUGUCUGGUAUAAGGUACCCUGUGCCUUGAUUUGAUUUGAAUUCAAUAUUUUAAAUACUCUUUUUAAAUCCUUUUUAUUAACUUAGCUUUUGUUAGUGGCUGGCCAAAUCUUCAGAAGGCUAAGUGACCCACUUCCUUUCAAGCUAUCAAGCUGCAACUUGUCACAUAGACUCAUUGCCGAUAACAACACAUUGUUUCAAAUUUUGGGCCCAAACCCCCAAAAAUCUUUUUUUUUAAAGGGAAGAUGAAGGUAAUAUCAUGAUACUGUUUUCACGAAAUAAAUUUCCUGACAACUGCACUGAAUGAGAUUCUUAUUUUGGCAAGUGCGUUUGGUGUGUAAUAUUUGCUUUUGUUUUCUGAGAUAUUUGGUGAAAUAAAUCUGCAAUGUAAAAGUGGGUGGGUCAUUAGGAUAUUAUUAUAGUUCAGAACAGUGAUAAACAAAAUAUGAGCUUUUGCGCAGGAGGUUUGGGGUGGUGAGCACUAAUUGGGAUUCUUUAAAAGUUUAUAAAGGAUUUAUAAGAAAAAUUUGUUUUCAGGGAUUGUUUAAUUUUUUUAUUAAGUCCAGCAUAAAGAUUUUAUUAUUUUUUUGUUAAUCUGUUGCCAUCACACAUCAGUCUCAGUACACAGCCCUUAUAUUUAUAUUUUAGAUGAAGUGUUUUUUCCUUGUGUAAUUGUUUAAAACAGGUACUAUGUGUUAUUGAUCCGUGUGGAGGGGGGUGUCUUAAGUCAUCAGUAUUCAAAUGUCAUUUUUGUACUCCUAAAUGCCCCAAUAAAAAGAACUGUUAUUCUAAGUGCUUAAAUAUCAUUUUCAGCUGAUGGAGUUCUACGAAAGGGUGUCUGGAGCCCGCCUCCACGCUGCUUACUAUCGCCCAGGUGGUGUCGCCUUGGUAAGACAGAGAUCAAGCUAUUAAUAAGUGAUUAUUUUCAGUGUAAAUUGAUUUGAAUUGGUAUGUAUUUCUUUCUCAUAAAAAUAUUCUUGGUGAUAUGUCAAGCUUGGAAUAUUACUAUUAUUAGUCCUUUUCUUGCGAAGAUAACCUAGAAUAAAUACAUUCAACUUAUAUUUUUGUUUAAAUUGAGGGAGAGUUGCAGAUCUUCUCAGCUUAGGAUCCUCCUAAUGUGACAUAAAUCUACAUGUAUGUUGUGACCUCAUGGUAAUGUUGUCUGCCUCUCAGCCAAUAGAUAGGAGAUUGAACAAUGACCACAUUAAACCACACAAAUUGUCAAAGAGCUUGUUGCCAUUGUCUUGUUACUCUCUCUUGCUGUAUUGUCUAGUUACAUUGUCUCAUUACAUUGUCUAUUUACAUUGUCUUGUUACAUUGUCUCGUUACAUUGUCAGCCCAGUAAAGGAGGUGCUAAAACCUGGAAAAAAAAAAAAAAAAGACAACUCAUGAAGUUAUAAGAUGGUAGCCAACUUGACCAGGAAGAUAAAGUAGCCUAAUUGACCUCAGAUUAAAAAAAAAGAUUGUCUCUCUCAUUUUAAAAAAAAAAAUGGCUAUAAUCUUACCAUUUAAGUUACAGCUGCCAGAACAACAAUUUUUCAAAAUUUAUUCUCAAACCCAUAUUGUAUGGUUCUCAUACCUAAAGAUGCUCCUGUCUAAUUAAUCAAUCCUGCUCUUGACUGAUCAAAUGUAGUUGUUUGAAUCAUCGAGACGUCUCUUUGAAGGCUUGCAGAUUUAGCAUCCCAUCCUAAAAAUUCUGUUAUCAUCUACAUGUAGUUGAGAUUUGUUUUUGUCACCGGCUUUUCUUGGUUUUUAAACCUGUCUUAAAACCUGUAAAAAAUUGUAUGACAGGACAUGCCUCUAGGCCUGAUGGAAGACAUUUAUGAAUGGGCCAGCAAGUUCAGCCAGAGGCUGGAUGAAGUGGAUGAUCUCCUGACAGAGAACAGGAUCUGGAAGGCCAGGUUAAUUGACAUUGGAGUCAUUUCAGCAGAGGAUGCACUGACCUACGGCAUGAGGUAAGCCUGGCCAUUUAGUAACUUUAGAUUGGUGGUUCUCAAAGUGGGAGAGCUCUUGUAUCGCUGACAGGCUUAUGAGAUUUAAGGGGGCGUUUUGUGACAUCCAAAGCGGGAGCUGAGAGUCAUGACGGGAAUAUUUGUUUUAGUUAAGAUUAGGCUAUAUUUUGCUAAGUUUUGGCUUCAGUAUAAAAUAUCUAUCAUGUUCUGCAAUGUGGACAUAGCCCCAGUGACACUUUUAGAGGCCCCCUGACAAUUUACAGUUUUUGUUUUCUAGCUAUUCAAUUCACAUUAAAAUACCUCCUUUUACAAAUUUGGGCCCCUUAAAUAUCCAAAGCCCCUGCUGUUGCAAGGGGUUCUUGACCCAUAGGACGGCUCUGACUAUGGAAGGUGGUUAAGUAGUUCAUUAUUUCAUUUGCAGUGAUGAAGUUUCUACCUAAGGACAUAACAAAGGCAUUGAGAAACUGCUAUAUCUUUACCAACCCUAUAUACAUUCAUUUCAUUCUGAAUAAAUGACCAGACAAAAGAGUAAACUAUGUAAAACCCUUGAUAAAAAUUAUCCUUUUUAUACCUGAAAAAGUAAAGAUACUAUGGAUCUAAUUGUUCAGUUGAUUAUAAUUGAAUUAAUAAAAGUACAAAGGUUAAUCUGUAUUUUGUUUAAAUUUUCAAAUAUAAGUUACAUGUUGCAUUUAUCUACCAUAGAGGGUUGAGUGAACUUUCCAUCUUCAAGUACUUGUAAGUGGGUAAGACAGAGGGACGCCCAGGUCCCAAGUUUGAGAAAAAUUGUGUGAACUGCUGCUUUAAAUAAUGCUUUUUUUUCCUUAUUUUAAAUGGGGGAAAAAAUGGACCGAGUAGGAGCCACAGAUGGUUAAAUUCCUGGGGAUUGCUGUCAUAGCAGAGAAGUAGCUAAUUGUAGAUUACCAAAAGUGGGAUUCUGAUCAUCAAUUUUUUUAUUUUUUUUAAUUAGCAGCUAAUAUAUCUAUUUCAAAAUGAAUAAAAAAGAUAAUGCUUGUAAUUUUUCUUCUGGAGGUAUGUCAUGAUAACUUUUUACAGCACUUCUACUUCCUUUAUAUAGCAUUUUGACAAUAUUUCAGAUGUGAACAAACAAAAUAUUUAAAAAAAGGAAUUACACAUCUGGAAAUGUAAACCUUUGUUCCUUAACUGAACAGCUCCAGCUGUUUAAGGGGUUGUCCCUUUAAUCACUGCAUACUCAUUAUUUUUGUUUCAACAGUGGCGUGAUGCUCCGUGGCUCGGGGAUCAAAUGGGAUCUUCGUAAGGUUCAACCCUAUGAUUCCUAUGGUGAGAUGGAGUUUGAUGUCCCAGUUGGCAAUAAAGGAGAUUGUUAUGACAGGUGCUGUGAUAUUUUUUGUAACCUCAUCUAUUUCACUUGCAUUCGAUUAUUUUUAAAUUGUGGUCUUCUUGUACAAUAACUGUCUGUUAAAUUUCUUUCUUUAUACCAUAUCUUCUUGCCCUGAGAAACUGCUCCAAGGCAACCAUUUUGUCCCAGCUACUUCACAAAUUAGUUGCGUCAUGGAAACCCACUGUAUAAACCCUCUUAAAGGGCGUCCAACGCUUCCCCGGGAUGGGUGGGGGAAGAUAUUAGGACGUAAAUUCACCAUCCCAACUCCUGAGAAAGUCGAUCAUGUGCACUCUGUGCAAACACAGUGUCGGACUGACCAAGUGUCUUUGGGUUGGGUCGGAACCCGAUCAAGUGGACUCGGGUGGCGGCUUUCCUGGCAAAGAGACAUCCCCAACGUGCCACUCCGCAGCUCGAUACUGGGGUUAGUGGGGGUGCUUUGGGGAGGGUAUAAAUAUCUUUAGCUCGAUGGCCCGCUAACGCCAUUUCUUAAUGUGACAUUUCAGUAGAUUUGCAGAAAUAAACAAAUGACAAGAUUCCUUUGAAUGUGGUUCAGUCAAGUUAUAAUUCAUGUUAGAAUAGAUUAAUUUCAGUUUAUUGUUACAAGUCAUUCUGAUAUGUUUUCAGUUGACACUCCCAUUGGUGCAUUUGAUGCUUGGAACCAAAAUUCCAACUGUACAUUCUUUACUUUGAUUUCAUCCAUGCACCCAAAGGGGCAGUUAUUGAUAUACCUUCGUGGCUUCUAAAUUUCCAGAUAUUUGAUAAGGAUGGAAGAAAUGAGACAAAGUUUGAGGAUCAUCCUGCAGGCCAUGAACAAGAUGCCAUCAGGAGAGAUAAAAACAGAUGACAAUAAAGUGACUCCACCAAGCAGAGCAGAUAUGAAGGUGUGUGAUCUCCUGUACUUAUACUGAUAUGUAUAUAUAUAUAUAUAUAUAUAUAUAUAUAUUUAUAUCCAGAAUAGAAAUACAACCUUCCUUUUGAUUGAAGUCUUACAUACUGUGGUGAGCCAUGUCUUGAUGCAAAGCUGGGGAAGUACUUGAGAGAGAGGUGUCCUGCUUUCUGUCUCAGUAGUGAUAUUGUAAAAAUGGGCUUGUGUGUGUUUUUAAAAUCUCCAUAUGUUUGAAUGUAUUUCUGAAUGUGCGGUCUUCUCCUGACAGGACUCUAUGGAAUCUCUGAUCCAUCACUUCAAGUUGUUUACCGAAGGGAUCCAAGUGCCGCCUGGCUCAACCUAUGCAGCUGUUGAGGCCCCCAAGGUAAGUCUGGCCAGCUCUGAGGCUGUGCAGGUCUGGUGUGCACCAAAGUGCUGGUGGAUAGGGAAAAUUGAGCCCUGGGAAAGAGAGAUUAUGUUUUUUAUAGUCUAUUAACUUGUAAUUACAAAAAUAUUAUGGGUUUGAUGGUGAGGCACAAGACUAUAGUUGAAGCACAUACCAAAACAUAUAUUUUUCACCCUGUCACAUGUUUUCACCUUUAAUGUUUUUGUUGUUUUCUUGUUUUUUUAUGUGUUCACUUCUGAAUAAAAUAACAAAUAAUUCUCUCUUAUUUGUCUGCAUUGAUUGACUGUAAAAAGAGGCUCUUUUGAUUUCCAGGGUGAAUUUGGAGUGUACCUUGUAUCAGAUGGUACUAACAAACCUUACAGAUGUAAAAUUAAAGCACCUGGAUUUGCACAUUUGGUGAGGGUUUUUUUUGUUGUUUUUUUGUGUGCUAACUCUAAAACAGCGGUUCUCCACCUGUUUUUAAAAACAUAGGAAAGCACAUAUUUAUGAAGUAGAAACGAUAAUAAUUUUAUGGUUGGGGGUCACAACAACAUGAGGAACUGUAUUAAAGGGUCGGGGCAUCAGGAAGGUUGAGAACUACUGCUCUAAAAGAUGUGUUUAAUUUUGUGCUUCAUUGAGUCAGGCUAGUCAUUUUUUUAAAUAGUUCAAAAUCAUAUAUUAUUUAAGUAUAAUUUUUCCUUCAAAUCAUGAAACUUUAAGUAUUCAGAAAAGUGAUGAUCAAUAGCAUAAAAUAUAAAUUUGUAACAAUUCCCAUUAUUUAUUUUUGUUAUACCAGAAUUUUCUUACCGUAAUCUGGUCCUGGUGUGUAAUUUUAUUAUUUUUCCUUCAAAGGCUGCUCUAGACAAGUUGUCCAAAAAGCACAUGUUGGCUGACGUUGUGGCCAUUAUAGGUAAGUAGUUGUUUAAAGUUAGCCUUGUUGUAGCAAAACUGCAAGCAAGAUUGAUAUGUUGGUUAUCUGCAUGGAGAUUUUUUCAAGAUAAAUAAUCAUGAAAGAUCUAGUAUUGAAUUCAGUCCUGCAACUGAUUAUAAAGGUGACAAUCUCCAUGGUGCAUGUUGUGGACGUGUGGCAAGCUGGGCCACAUUAGUAGGGGUUACCGGUAAUUUGUUUGAAAGAAAUUUCACCGAUGGAAAAUUGAUAGACGGAAAUUUGGUCGAAUCUUUUUUUCAGUACACACGUUAAAAUUUUCAUCAAAUUUCUUUUUGAACGCACUAUCCUAUAUAGUAAAACAAAUUAUACCAUUCAAAAUGAAAUUUGGUGAAAAUUUCAGCAUGUGAACUGAAAAUAAGAUGCGACCAAAUUUCCUUUCGAUCAUAUGUUCGUCUAUCAAUUUUCUGUGACAAAAUUUCUUUCAAACAAAUUUCUGGAUAUGCAUUAGUUGGAGGUGAGCAGUCAACUCUGUAGCUUUUUUUAAAGGUGCUUUAGUGUGUUAUGAUCGAUGUGUUGCCGAUAAAAGCCUUUGACAGAAUGUAACUACUAGUACAGAACGAUCUUAAAUAAUACCACAGUAUUUAAACCUUUGCAGUGUCUAUGAACCAGAAAAGUAUGGUUAUGCAUUGUGUACUCGUUGCACUGAUGUGUAUUUAUUUGUAAUAAAGUGAAAUGACAGUGUCGGUAGUCAAAGUACCCACUCUAUUGAAUGGGCCAAAUAAUGAGUGUAUGACUGUAAUCUGGCACAAACCUGUUAUUAAACAUAUAUCACUAUUUACAAUUUCUGUUAAACUGCCUAAUAACCUAGAUGUGUUGGGUUUGAAUUUAUACUAGCUGUCACCAAGUAUGGGCAGUGAGUAGGUUGGAAUGGACCAAAAAUUAAAGCUCAGUUAGGCAGCAAUUUCUGGAUAAACCCUAAAAGAAUGUCCUGAAUAACAAAGGCAGCAAAAAUGGUAUAAAAAAAAAUUACAAGUCUAUGCGUACACACAAAAACAUAAGAUAGGUGUCAGCACCAACAAUUACACCAAAGAAAGUUAUGGUUUAAAUCCUUUAUUCAAAUGGUUUUAACCAAGGAAAGAAGAAGGAUGCAUAAGAAGAAAAAUUUGUUUGGCCCUAGCCAUGAAUUGAUCAAAUAAAAUUCAGAACUGUCUGUGCUAUCAGAAUGAUGUCAUGGAUUGUCUACCUGCUUCUACUUCUAUGUAACCUGUCUAGUAAUGAUUCAGUAAAGGAUCUGUCAGAAUAUAAAUUACCGAAAUAUUAUUAUUUAACAAAAUUUGAGCAUCACUAACCCAUGUAUUUUACUUGCUACAGGUACACUUGAUAUUGUGUUUGGAGAGGUUGACAGAUAAAGACCUAGCUGUGGAGAGGUUGAAAGAGAGAGACCUAGCUGUGGAGAGGUUGACAGACAAAGACCUAGCCUUGAUAGAUAAAGAUUUAGCUUUGAAGGAAGAUUUCAGAAUGUACAUUUGACAGUACAACAUUGGAUUAAUGACGUCAAUAGGAGUCUCCGUGUUUUUUUAAAUAUGUAAAUAAUUAUUAAUGAAAAGAAGAAAAAAAAGAAAGACCUGUCCGUGAAUUUAUUCCUCAUAUGUUUGAGAUAAGUGUUGGACUGAGAUUGUAUUGUAUUGUAUGUUUUUGAAAUCUCAAGGAAUAUUCAUAGAGCUGACCAGGAAUUAUAUAUAUUUUAAAAAAAAAUCAUAUUGCAAUCUUCCUAAGAGAUUAAUUUUGAUCAAUUAGAUGUUUCCAAAAUGUUUUUACAUUUCUUUAAAAUUUAUUUUAGUUUAUAUUUAUUUUUUCUUUCAAUAAAAAUUAAUUUCAGGAAUAUAAAAUAUCAGAAUUUAGGAUAAUUGAGAAAAGAGUGUUCUCCCCUGCCAUCUUUUCUAGAUAAUAAUUUUGAUUUGUUAUAGCUGUGAGGGUAGGUGAACAACCAAUGUGAACAUCCUCACAAUAGCAUUUGCAGCUUAAUUUAUCAGACAUGUGAUAUGGCAGAUUUAGUUUUUAUUGUUUGUAAAAAAAAAUUAAAAAUUGUCAAAGUUUUGUUCUCAAAUGAAACCAAUUUACUACUCAAGUUUGUCAUUGUUUAUUUACGUUCAGAUUUGAGCAAAUU